CCCUUUAAGCAGAUCAGUGGUAUUUUUGCUUGCUUCAGUGGAAGAACUUGCUUGCUCCAGUUUGAAAAAAAAGACUACUGAUGGAUGCACUCAAAGAGGGAUGGUUUAGUGAGAUUAAUGACCUGUGGCCCGGUAUAGCGGUUUCCCUGGAGGUAACCAAGGUGUUGCAUCGGGAAAAAUCACCGUAUCAGGAUAUUUUGGUGAUUGAUACAAAAGCACAUGGGAGAACUCUAAUUCUCGAUGGAAUAAUUCAAUGCACAGAGCACGAUGAAUUCUCCUAUCAAGAGAUGAUAUCAUUCCUUCCACUUUGCAGUCAUCCAAAUCCGAAAAAUGUGUUGAUAGUCGGGGGAGGCGAUGGUGGCGUCGCCAGGGAAGUAGUGAAACACCCCGGGGUGGAGAAGGUCGUUCAAGUAGAGAUUGACCCCGCAGUUCUGACGGUAGCGAGGACCUACCUUCCCUUCAUGGCAGCUGGACUAGACGAUCCCAAACUCACUGUCAAUGUGGGGGAUGGAUUUGAAUUCAUGAAGCAACAUCGCGGGGAGUUCGAUGUCAUCAUAACCGACAGCAGUGAUCCAAUCGGUCCCGCUGAGUGCCUUUUCCAAGAAUCUUAUUUCGCCCUGAUGAAGGCAGCAUUAAAACCCAACGGAAUAAUCUGCAGUCAAGCCGGUACCGCAUGGGCCAAUCUGGAUCACGUCACCAAAACCCUGAAUCACUGUCGAACAGUUUAUCCAGUUACCGCAUAUGGAAUUGCAGCUGUGCCUACCUAUCCCACUGGACAAAUUGGGUUUGUCCUUGGAAGUCUCGAUCUCAAAACGAAUUUCACGGAGCCGGUGAAAAUCUUCACUGAAGAGGAACUCGAUAAGAUGAAGAUGAGAUAUUACAACGAUAGAAUCCACCGUGGAGCAUUCAUUCUUCCCAGAUUUGUUGAAAAAGCCCUCAAACCAUCCUCCAAAACUCCAGAGGAAUCGGCAAAAAUUUCAUGAAUAGUUUCAAAUGAGUGAAUUUAUUUCAAUUGUUGUACACGAAAUUUGUUACAAAAAAAAGAAAUGAAAAAUUCAAAAGUGAUUAUUGAACUCUCAAUAUUUCACUCGGGAAAAGAAAUAUUUUUCUCAUGUCAACUGCACAAUCACUCCCUCCGAAAAUUAUAUUUUCUACCCAUAGAAUACACUAAAUAAAUAAAACAGCAAUUUAUAUUACUUGUUAAGGAUUUUUAUUUUUUUUUCUCAUUUCUUAAAAUAUUUCUCUCGACAUUUUAAUCAUGAAUUCACAUAAUACCACGAAACAGUUGAAUAAUUGUAAUAAAAAUCAUGAUCAAAAAUAACACUCCAAAGUACUAAAUAAAAAUUCAUAAAAAUGUUCCACAAUUAUUUUUUCCUCAAUUAAUUUUUUUACUUUAAUAAGGCUUCAUUGGCUCGUCUCAAUUACCAUGUAAAAACGUUAAAAAUUAUCUCCUUCCUCAGAAUAAAAUACCUACUAAAUCAGUAUUAUCGAUUAAAAUUAUUGAAAACAAUAUCUGGGUGAUUAUAAUUGUUGUAAAUAAAAUAAAAUUCCUCUAAA